AUGGCUAUUGCAACCUCAGUCUCCGCCUCCCCUACCGCCGGGUUAUUUCCAACUGCCACGCCGAUGCGGGCGCCAACAGACGGUGAAAACAACGGCAAGUGUGAACUCCUGGGGUCGUUUUCGCUCUUUGUCCAGGCUGCCUUGGGAGCUCUGGCGGUCCUUGUAUUGGUUUACAAGAGAUGGAAGGAGAGGCCGCAGAGACCCGUGAAGGUGUGGGCUUUUGAUGUCUCAAAGCAGGUUGUUGGGUCGGCUCUCCUCCACUUGGCGAACCUGCUGGCUUCCAUGUUUUCAGCAGGCCAGAUACCUGUGACUGCUACCUAUGAACCAAACCCCUGCACGUACUACCUCUUGAACUUGGGUAUAGAUACCACCCUAGGCAUUCCUGUUCUUAUCCUCAUCCUCCGUGUCCUCAAUCGUGCCGCUUUAUAUACUCCUCUUGCAAACCCUCCCGAGUCUAUCGAAUCUGGCAACUAUGGUGAUCCACCCAACGCCGUCUGGUGGAUGAAGCAAUCUAUAAUAUACUUCUUUGGGCUUGUGGGCAUGAAAACAUGCGUUGUGGUCAUUAUACACAUGCUCCCUUUUAUUGUGGAGCUUGGCGACUGGGCACUGAAAUGGACCGAAGGCAACACCGCCAUCCAAAUCAUUUUCGUCAUGCUAUUAUUCCCAGUGAUCAUGAACGGCGUCCAAUAUUACAUUAUCGAUAUAUUUAUCAAGAAAACGAUUACGGAAGAUCGGGGCCGUGAGGUUGAUUCGCACAGUUUUGAUACUGCCUCAAUCGAUGAAGAUCGGCACCACCAGAGUGCGCUGCUUGCUGGCUUGGAUGAUGAGGAAACUGAUGAGGAAGAUCCAGCGAUAUAUUCCGAUGAUGAAGCCGUGGCUAAACAGCCAUUAAACAGAGCCAGCAACGGAGGAUUAUCUCGCCACUGA